AUGGGGAAGCACCAGACUGAAGGUUACAUCCUUGUCGUCCGAUCUCGCAUCAGCGUAAAUGUGCUGCCACAUAUCACAACUAACAGCAAUGGGAAUAUGUUUGCCCAUGUCCAUGGAGUCACCGCGAUGACAACAUACCUCUCCGCGGAUAAUACACUGCAGAAAUCCCUGUGGCACGCUGAAAUAUUGAGGUCUCGACAUAACUGCCGCCCGUGGCGCAAAGGCAACAUGGGUAACGAAAUACAUGUGCCUCACGAUAAGUCGCGAAUUGAGAAGGGUGUAUUUUCUGCCCGUAUUCAUCGGCCGGCCUGUAGCCAUGUACCCUUCCCCCGUUUCAGCGUGGUAAUGCAAUAUGCCAUGGCGGCAAAUAAGGAUUGCCACCAGCAUCUUCAGGACGUUCGGGUCGACUUUGAAUUCUGGUGGUUCGAGUGUGGAGCACUCAGAAGAUGGGGAAGACGGUGGGGACAUUUUGCGCACUACAAAUCAUAUGACUGA